AGGCCGGGGAGGCAGCCGGGUCGGCGGCGACGCGGCGCGACAAUUCUUUUCUCUCUUCCUGGAUUUCCUGAAGCUAAAGGUCACCACCUGGAUACGGGAACCUGAUAUGGCAACUCAGCCCAAGUUUCUAGAAGGCUGCUGACUCUUGGGGAGCCUGAGGCUGGGGGUGUGCGCCUCCCCAAGGCCGAUUCGGCCAUCGCCUCGGGAAAGUUCUGUUUCCUGGCAAUGCUUUCCCACCCGUUCACUUCUCCAGCUCCUGCCCCCAUUUCACAGAUGAGGAAAGGAAGACCUGAGGGGAGACUGACUUAGGUCAGCUCUGAAACUUCCUUGGGACCAGCACCCAGUUCCCAGUGCAGAUGGUGGCAGCAGUGGCCAUUGUCUCGGAGGACAACUUUCAUCACAGUUCAAACUCCACCUACAGAACCUCAAGCAGCUCUCACCUAGCAGAUCAGGAGGCACUGCUUGAGAAGCUGCUAGACCGCCCACCGCCUGUCUUACAGAGGCCUGAGGACCGCUUCCAUGGUGCCUACAUCAUCUUCUUUAGCUUGGGCAUUGGUGGCCUACUGCCAUGGAACUUCUUUGUCACUGCCAAGGAGUACUGGAUAUUCAAACUUCGCAACUGUUCCAGCCCAGCCACAGGGGAGAAACCCGAGGACUCAGACAUCCUGAACUACUUCGAGAGCUACCUUGCCAUCGCCUCCACUGUGCCCUCCGUGCUGUGCCUCAUGGCAAACUUCCUGCUCAUCAACAGGGUUCCCAUUCAUGUCCGAGUUUUGGCCUCACUGACCGUCAUGCUGACCAUCUUCGUGGUGAUGACCGUGCUGGUGAAAGUGGAUACCUCCUCCUGGACCCGAGGUUUCUUUGUUGUCACCAUCGUCUGCAUGGUGAUCAUCAGUGGCACCUCCACCAUCUUCAACAGCAGCGUCUUUGGAAUGACCGGUUCCUUCCCUAUGAGGAAUUCCCAGGCCCUGAUAUCAGGAGGAGCCAUGGGAGGGACCAUCAGUGCAGUGGCCGCGCUGGUGGACCUGGCGGCAUCCAAUGAUGUGACGAACAGCGCCCUGGCCUUCUUCCUGACUGCAGAUGUCUUCCUGGGGCUCUGCAUCAUGCUCUACCUGCUGCUGCCCCGGCUGGAGUACGCCAGGUACUACAUGAGACCUAUGAAGCCAGCCCAGGUGGUUUCUAAUGAAGAGCAGCUGCCUCAAGACACCCCCAAUGCCCCAUUGUUGGCUCCUGGAUCCAGUGACUCCCCGACACCCCCCCUCUGCUUCAUCCUGAAGAAGACGGCUGGCCUGGGCUUCUGCAUUAUCUACCUCUUCCUCAUCACCAGCCUGAUCUUCCCCGCCAUCUCCACCAACAUCGAGUCCCUCAACAAGGACUCGGGCUCACUGUGGACCACCAAGUUCUUUGUGCCCCUCACUACCUUCCUCUUGUACAACUUUGCUGACCUGUGUGGCCGGCAGAUCACAGCCUGGAUCCAGGUGCCAGGGCCCAAAAGUAAGGUGCUUCCUGGUGUGGUGCUCCUCCGAACAUUCCUAGUCCCCCUCUUCGUGUUCUGCAACUACCAGCCCCGCGUCCACCUGCAGACAGUGGUCUUCCAGUCCGACGUCUACCCUGUGCUCUUCACCUCCCUCCUGGGGCUCAGCAAUGGCUACCUCAGCACCCUGGCUCUCAUCUACGGCCCCAAGAUUGUGUCCCGGGAACUGGCUGAGGCCACGGGCGUGGUCAUGUCCUUUUACACAUGCUUGGGCUUGGUGCUGGGCUCAGCCGGCUCUGCCCUGCUGGUGCACCUCAUCUAGGAGGGAAGGUGGCAAGAACAACUGUCUGCAGGGCCAAUGGGAGCCUCAGCAGCAAGGCUGGGUGUGGAGAACACACUCAGGCAUGGCCUCUCCUGAGGGCUGGUGACCAUACCACUCUCUCCAUGCCAGGCACAGACACUGUAACAGAACCGGAAUUGUUUGAGGACCUUGAAACAUUGGAAGAAGACAUAAUUACAACAGUUACCCAGUCGAAGUGUGGGAGUAGGGAAGGGGAGAGGGAUGGAGCGCUCCAUUGGCUAACUGGUUAACACUGUUUCUUCAUAGCCUCUUUGGAAAGUGUUGCAGUGUUCCUCCAAGUUGUUAUAUCGCAAGUGCCAAAACCCAGUACAGGCCUUUGCUGUCUCCCAGCCUUGCUUUUUCCAGCUGAGAGCAGCGUGUGAGGGUUCUCAGCACUCCCAUCCAUAGAGGGUCCCCCUGGAAUGGAAACUGCCCAGGCCCAAGACUCCAGCCUGUGCAGACCUCUGCUUUCUAUGGAUGAGCACCUGACCCCUCAGACUGGAACCCCAGAAGGACAAGCUUUCCAGAAACCCUUCAUUCCCUAAGCCUGGGCUGCAGAGGGCCUGUUACUGUUACUAGGAGCUUGCCAGGCCUGAGGUUCCAACAAGGAUCCUUAAAGUGGUCUGGGGCCCUGAUCAGGGUGGGGCUUUUUAAUGUCCACAUUUACAACAUGCCGAGGCCAUUGGUUCCUGGGCAUAAUAAAUAUGAAAGCCUUGUUGGUAUAUGUAUUAGGGUCUUGGCGGGAAAUGGCCUCAUCAAAUUGGGUAAUUCGAGGAUAAUUGAAAAGUGGGUGUCGGAACCCUAGGGGGGUGUGCAUUAUUUCACAGAACUAGUAAUGUCAAGAUCAUUCGCCAGCCUGAAGGGACAAGGGGGCAUAUCCAGCCUGCAUAAGCACGGGAGGUCUGUUUCCUUCUUCCUCCCUCCCUCUGAGCUCCUCCAGGCCCUGUGAAGUGAGCCACAGUCAGGAGCAGGCAGGGAGGAUGGAAAGGACUUGAGGGGCAGAGGUGUGGAGAGAGGGGCUGCCAGCCCCAUCACGUUCAUGGGUUUUUUGUGAUGAAAUCGGUUUCAGUCUGUCCCGGUUUGUUUUGGGUAGUCAUAUAUUUUGAAGCUGGUGUUUCAUAAGGUGAACCUCAGCUCUGUGGCCCCCACAGGUCGCUUGACAUGAUUAGUAAUUUAUAUGUUUUCAUGUUCCUUCAAGGCUUCUGCAAGGUUGUUUCUUGGGGGAGCAGGGUGGCUUAGGGCUCAGAGAGAAAGCAACUAGAUCAGACCAGGUGUUCUCAAGAGUCGUGCAGGAAGAACAGAGCUUGCCCCCCAGAAGUGGCAACCCCAGAGCCAUAAAUCAAGCCGCUCUUCUGAUGCACAUGGGCUCCACGGCGUCCUGCAGACAGCUGAUUAAGCCAGUAAUCCACCCGGUGGCGGCAGCUUAUGUCCCCCACCGUCACAGACUAGUACACCCUCCCGCUUUGGCCAGAGAAUUGAACGGGACACCUUUGAAAGAUAUCCUGAAACUUGAUACUUAUAAAUAAGUAAAUAAAUUUAAAUGAAU